AUGCUCGUACGCAACGUCCCGCUUUACGCGGUCAAAGUUGUUUCGGCGUCGCUUAUUGAGUCGAUGGUCUUCUCUGGCACGGGCAGGCCUACUGCGAUCAGCCACGCAACGCUCACUUUUCACCUCCACCGCGUCCGUGACAGCGAGAGUUUUGGUGUCGACUACGCGUUCCGUCCGUUUGGUGGCGUGCGAGCGCAGUGCUUUGUUCGCGGCAUGCCAGCCGACCUCGUGGCGUCCUCAGCUGCUCUGAGAGGGGUGCUUGGCAACGGACAGGCUUCUUACCAAAACUCGAUUCGGGUAACGAGCAUUAACGGCGUCGCUCGAUUAACCAAGAAAACCGUGCGGGGGCUGCUCGACAGCGGUCGUGACGCGGUCGUGCAGUGCGCUGUGUCUGCCGUUGCUGGCGGGGCGUCUGAUCCUCAGCAGGUGGCCGCUGGCGUGAAAGGCGAAGGGAAUGAGGGCAACGCAAUUCACCCUCCCAAGGGACGUGAUCGAAGGCUGAAGGUGCGAGUCAAGGAUGCUCUCCAUGCUGAUGAUACCGAGGUAGCCAAGGAGUCCCCCAAGAGUCUGGUGAAGAGGCGAGGACGGCACGCUCCUGCUUCAUCUCUGAAAUUUCCCAAAGUGAGCAAAAAGAGGCUGCGCUACUCCGGCGAGCGCUCCGUCGUGGAGGGGUUAACCAACAAAGAUGUGGACCUCUCCUCUAUCGAUGGUAGCGCGUUGGCCAAUGUGGGGGUACUGAAUCCAGCCGUGCCCUCUGCAGCGGACGAUGUCAACGCGGCCGCACUGACGACUCUGAACGAGCUUGCCCCGAUGAAGCCCGUACGGACACGCGGUCGGCGAUCAACAAGGCUCUCAGCGUUCCUUGGCGCGAAGCGGCAGAGCACAACAUCCGAGAAGACUUCAGACGACGUUUGGUUUAUGCACGCUGAGGCAGCGCCAACGGAGGGAGGAGAGGGGGAGGAGGCGAGUGCUGUGUAUGCGGCGAUACCGACUCGGAAACGGCGAGGUCGCUCCCCCAAAGUAGCAGCGGUCGACGCUCACGCCGAGGUUGAGGCAGCACAGGCACCGAAGCGCGAGCAGCAAAGGUCGACUGCCCGCCUCUUUGAGCUGGAGAAGCAGAAUAAAGUCACGAAACGACGCGGGCGACCCCGCAAGACGAACAAGAGCAUAGAAGAGCUGGGCACAACUCAGAUAACAGAGGCCCGCUCAAGGGGGGAGCUCGCCAAGCACGACGCGGACGCGUAUGUUGAGCUAGAGUUUUGA